UCCCCAUAAGUCCUUGCGCCACUCCGGCAGGGCAGGAUUCCGGACAACGCCUGGUUCCUCUCGGGUCCUUCCGGCGUCGCCGGAGUGAAUCGAUCCGGGAGUUGAGGGGGCUCCAGAGGUGGGAAGUGUAGUCGGGGUCUCAGUUGCCGGUCCGUGUAUAUUUUGUGCCCUAUUGUUUAACACGAAAGAAGAGAAGAAAUAUUGCAGUGAAUGAAGAUUCUUUUGCAUUUUAGCACUGCUUUUUCUACUCUAGUUGGCUUUUGAAUGAGGAUGACAAUGGAAGAGAUGAAGAAUGAAGCUGAGACCACUUCCAUGGUUUCUAUGCCCCUCUAUGCAGUCAUGUAUCCUGUGUUUAAUGAGCUAGAACGAGUAAAUCUGUCUGCAGCUCAGACACUGAGAGCCGCUUUCAUUAAGGCUGAAAAAGAAAAUCCAGGUCUUACACAAGAUAUCAUUAUGAAAAUUUUAGAGAAAAAAAGUGUAGAAGUUAACUUCACGGAGUCCCUUCUUCGAAUGGCUGCUGAUGAUGUAGAAGAGUAUAUGAUUGAACGACCCGAGCCAGAAUUCCAGGACCUAAACGAAAAGGCACGAGCACUUAAACAGAUUCUCAGUAAGAUCCCAGAUGAGAUCAAUGACAGAGUGAGGUUUCUGCAGACAAUCAAGGACAUAGCUAGUGCAAUAAAAGAACUACUUGAUACAGUGAAUAAUGUCUUUAAGAAAUACCAAUACCAGAACCGCAGGGCACUCGAACACCAAAAGAAAGAAUUUGUAAAGUACUCCAAAAGUUUCAGUGAUACCCUGAAAACAUAUUUUAAAGAUGGCAAGGCAAUAAAUGUCUUCAUAAGUGCCAACCGACUAAUUCAUCAAACCAACUUGAUACUUCAGACCUUCAAAACUGUGGCCUGAAAGUUGUAUAUGUUAAGGAUGUACUUCUCAGUGGCAGUAUUAAACUGCCUUUAUCUGUAAAUUUUAAAGUUUGACUGUAUAAAUUAUCAGUCCCUCCUGAAGGGAUAUAAUCCAGGAUGUUGAAUGGGAUUAUUGCCAUCUUCCACCAUAUUUUUGUAAAAUGUAGCUUAAUCAUAAUCUCACACUGAAGAUUUUGCAUCACUUUUGCUAUUAUCAUUCUUUGAAGAAUUAUAAGCCAAAAGAAUUUACGCCUUAAUGUGUCAUUAUAUAACAUUCCUUAAAAGAAUUGUAAAUAUUGGUGUUUGUUUCUGACAUUUUAACUUGAAAGCGAUAUGCUGCAAGAUAAUGUAUUUAACAAUAUUUGGUGGCAAAUAUUCAAUAAAUAGUUUACAUCUGUUAAACAUUUCUUUACUUGAAAAAAGAAGCGUGUGUAUAUGUGUGUGUCUAUAUGUGUAUAUAAUAUAUAUUACAUGUAUGUGUGUAUAUAUGUGUAUGUAUAUGUGUGUGUGUCUGUGUGUAUAUAUAUAUAUAUACACAUGAUGAUGAAAACCAAGAAAACUUGAUGUAAUGUGUGAAGAACUUCUAAUGGGAGCUUUCUGAGCAGUCCAUCAAAUAAUAAAGCAAAAAGAAUCCUAUUUUUUCCUUAAUCACUCUGGGCAAAAAAUAUCAGUGGAUAUGUUUUUGUCUAUUGUCACUCACAAGGUGUUGAGUUAUUUUUCUAUUAUUUUCAGUCUGUUGUAAACUUCUGGGAAGAAGAUGUCUGGAGGUUCAGUGCCUUCAGGCUACAAUGCUGCUUUUUAAACUUUGUGACAUUGUAGCUUUUACUCUGAAACUACCUAAUUCUGGUAUACUAGUGAGACCCCAAUAAGAUUUGAAUAUUUUCUUUCAAAAUUAGUCACAAUGAAUUGAGUUUGAAAUUGUCAUGAGUGUUGGUAUGCUGUACAAUUCUGGACACUUGUUUUAGCAUAGAGAAGUUUAAGGGAAUUUCAUAUGAAGUCCUCGCAGUAAGUGAUUUCAUUAUUAUACAUUAAAAGAAAAUGUAGAAUAUUCCUACCUUCUAUAAAGAUUUUCAGUGUUAAACUGAACAUAGUUUGAUACAACUUUAAUAAAAAUUUUCAAAUGAU